GAAAACCCAAAUCCAGCGCUGUGAUUGGACUGGUGUCCUCCGGACGGGUGAAACAGUCUCCCCUCAUAGACACAAGAAAGUUUAGCACUGGACGCUUAAAGGCAGUAGGCGCAAAGUAGGACCUGCAGCGCGUUUCUCUUUGACAAGAAGUUAUCGCUGUAACAAAUCGGGAAUAUAUCAGACAUGUAGGGGUAUCUUCAAGCUGCGGGAAACCAAUCAACUCCUCCAGGCACAGGUCUGACAAUGCUUCGCCACUUGUAUUUUCUGGAUAUCUGACUGCGGAGAACGGCUCAGAGUGGGAUGUUGUAACCUCAAAAGACGCACGGGACGACACGCGCUGCGCUCCUGCUGGACUAACCUUAAACCCACGUGCCUCGGUAUCCAAGGCGACCUGCCUUACCGGAGUCUGUGGAGAUAAUAUUAUUCACUCGGUCGGUUCUGGUGGUGGGGGAUUUUUUUUGUCAACAUGCCCGGGACAAUGAGGAUGAUGAUGGUGUCGCUCGCGCUCCUCCUGGUCUGUCCGCUUUUCUUAGCCAUUGAUGCGUUCGGCGACGACGAUGAGGAGAUGACCUGUGACCCAAUCCGGAUCAGCAUGUGCCAGGGUCUGGGCUACAACGUCACCAAGAUGCCCAACCUGGUGGGCAACGUGCUGCAGUCGGACGCCGAGCUGCAGCUGACCACGUUCACGCCGCUCAUACAGUACGGCUGCUCCAGUCAGCUCAAGUUCUUCCUUUGCUCAGUUUAUGUGCCCAUGUGCACAGACAAGGUUCCCAUCCCCAUCGGGCCGUGUAAGAGCAUGUGUUUGUCCGUCAAGAGAAAAUGCCUCCCUGUUCUCAAUGAGUUUGGCUUCAUUUGGCCUGAGGUGCUUAAUUGCAGCCUCUUCCCACCUUUAAAUGACCACAACCACAUGUGCAUGGAGGGUCCAGGUGACGAAGACCCCCCUUACCAGCCGGUCCGCCACCCUCCUCAUCAGGAGGAAUGUCAGGCCCUCGGAUCGGCACCUGAGCAGUAUACUUGGCUCAAACAAACCGAAACUUGUACCCUCCAGUGUGGCUACGAGAGCGGCCUUUACCGACGGGGGGCCAAAGUCUUCACAGAUGCCUGGAUGGCAGUGUGGGCCGUUCUGUGCUUCUUGUCGACCACUCUGACAGUCUUGACCUUUCUCCUGGACUCGCAGCGUUUCUCCUAUCCCGAGAGGCCAAUCAUCUUUCUUUCAAUGUGUUGCAAUCUGUACAGUGUUGCUUACCUGGUACGACUGACUCUUGGAAGACAGCGCGUUUCCUGCGACUUGGACGCCACUGACGUUCCGAUUCUGGUCCAGGAAGGAUUAAAGAGCACCGGCUGUGCCAUAGUCUUCCUUCUCCUCUAUUUCUUUGGCAUGGCGUCCUCACUGUGGUGGGUGAUCCUUACCCUCACCUGGUUUUUGGCUGCUGGACUGAAGUGGGGUCAUGAAGCAAUUGAAAUGCACAGUUCAUACUUCCACAUAGCGGCCUGGGCCAUCCCAGCUGUUAAAACCAUCGUUAUUCUUAUAAUGCGACUGGUAGAUGCUGAUGACCUUACUGGACUGUGCUAUGUUGGUAACCAGCAGCAAGAGGCUCUCACAGGCUUUGUGGUUGCGCCAUUAGCAACAUACCUUCUCAUAGGCACUCUGUUCAUCUGCGCAGGCCUGGUUGCUCUCUUCAAGAUCCGCUCUAAUCUGCAAAAGGACGGAGCUAAAACAGACAAACUGGAGCGUCUAAUGGUGAAGAUCGGAGUGUUCUCUGUUCUUUACACUGUUCCGGCAUCCACGGUCAUCGGAUGUUAUCUCUACCAGCUGUCUAACUGGGAGGAGUUCAAGACAAGCCCCCGGGACUCGUAUGUGGCGUCGGAGAUGCUUCGGAUCUUCAUGUCACUGCUCGUGGGCAUCACAUCAGGGAUGUGGAUUUGGUCAGCGAAGACCCUCCACACCUGGCAGCGCUGCUCCACCCGACUGCUGAGGGACAGCCGGGCGAGCCGAGGCGGCAAGAGGGCGCCUGUUGAAAGCUGGAUCAAACCGGGAAAAGGCAACGAGACAGUGGUGUGACGAGAUGUAGAGAAAAUGGACGGGAAAUAAGUUUUGCGUUGUUUUUUUUUUUGUUUUGUUUUUUUUUUCUCGUAAAGAAACUUGCUCUGCCGAAUGAAGGACAAAGAGAGUCAGCAACCUGGUUAGAAAUGGAACAGAGGAUUGUAGCCAGACUUUCUCAGAGAAGCCACUGGAUAUAACGCCAUUGCAUGAACUCCCUGCCUCCAAUAGGAGUUAUGAAGGAGAAAAUAGGAAGACUGAGUCAUACAUGUUGUUGCAAGUGUAGCCUCUCUACCUCUCAUUAGAUUUCUGUCGCAUUGAGAGGUGGGGAAAAGCAAAAAAUGAAUCAAAAAAAAUAAAAAAAGAAGACAUGCUGAAAAGGCAGAAAAGAUGCACAUAAGCAAUGAUUCUACCUUUCUGUCUCUAUUUCUUAAGUGAUCAGCAGAAGAGACCGACCCUGCUGAAUACGAUGAAGCCAUGUGCUAUUGUGACUUUGGAAGGGCUUUUAAAUUUUUUCGCUUUGACACUGGAGCAGAUUUACAGAUAUUUGGCUUCCCGGAAAUAUCUGAUGUCACUUUGGCAAUGUUAAUGUUGCAGGUUAAUCAACAUUAAAAUACCAAAUCAACUGUAGGAAAUACCCUAAAUACUGCCUUAAAUCUACAAUUUGUUUACAGACAAAUGGUUUGCAUUUCUGUCUGGUCAUGAUUUUUUUUUUUUUUUUUUUUUUUUUUUUUAUCAGAUACUAGUGCAGGUGGAUUUUAUUACUUUGGAUUUGUGGGAACGAGGCUCGAUGCUGUAAUUAUUGCACUAUAAAUGUGUGAAAUGUGAAGACAAAAGUAGAAAGUAUGAGAGCAAACUAUUACAAUUCAGUUAUGCCUACAGAGCCAUUAUUUUAAAGGUAGAUGAGGUGUUACCAGAAGGUUAUGAGCAGUUAUCAUCUUACUUUCAGUAGAUAUUUCCUUUAGUCUCAUUCUGUAUAAAUUUAGACUAGAUGAUUCCUGAGGCUGAAGCGAUCAGCUAUUCUGGAUGAGAUCAGUAAAGUCCCAAUCUAUAAUUUAAAAGCAAAUCUAACCUCAAAAGCAUGACAGUGGUUUAUGUGAAAUCAAGUUAUGAACCUUUACACCAUUGUCACUUCAUGGUGCUUUAAAUGUUCAGUUUUCAGGAUGUUUGAUAUAGGAAGGUAAUUGGUUCCAACUUUAGUAAUGCUAUAAAUAUUCCUAGAUUUUUAUUUAAAUAUCCCCCUGAAAAUGUGAUGAUGGUUUGAAGGUUUAUAAAUUAGCAUUAGCGUAAACUUUUUUUUUUUUUUUUUUUUUUUGAGGCAAGAGCAUGCUUUGGUUCAACAGACUAGUUGUAAACAUAAGCUUUCUGGGAAAACUAAUCUAAAUUUUUCUAAAUAAGAGAGAGAGAGAGACCUAUCAUUUAUAAAACAACAGAACCUUACUUCUAAAUUUGCUUUAUACUAGGGUGUUGAUGGAAAGUGAAAGCAAAUGGUGCAAAAGUUCAGAAAAUUUCCACCAAUGCAUCAGAAUGAGGACAAACAGAAUUUGUAACUGUAAGUAUCUGUUUUGACUUUCUUUAUCAGGCGUAAAUUGCAGAGAAAUAUGCCUUUGUGCGUCACUUCGGCAGUCUGUGAGAAACUCAGCCAGUGUCCAAUGCUGUUUAGUCUUCCUGCAAACCCUGCCUUCUAUAUGCUCUUGGGUCACCAUACAAUUCAGGAAAUUGAAUUAUUAACCCUGCCCUUUUCCAAACAUUGGAACCCAGGAAGGUUUUAAAGCAAGAAGUUAUGGGACAAUCAGCUGCCAAAACACACAUUAGGCAACAGCAAUAUCAGUCAGAGAAUAUGCUCUUCUUCAUGAACUUGGAUAGUUGUACUUGAUACUUACUUAAGUUGGGACUGGAUCAGAGUAAAGUGUGCUCAUCAAACGCUAAAACCUUCUGCAGAACUUGGAGUUCAGAGUACUAAAGGCCCUCUACUGCAAGACUACGAUGCCAAAGUAUCUUUGAAACUGUUCUUACAGAUGUGUCAUUCAAGAGUCAACAAAUCCAGUAGCCCUCCUCUUCAGUAACAAUAAGCUUUUUAUAAAUGUUGUUUAUUUGUACAGAGACAGCAUACUGCAACUGGUUCUAUAAGAAUGAAUAUCUUCACCCCCCCAUUGCUGUUAUUCGUCGCCUUCCCACAUGGCCUCACUUGAUACGUCUCACCUCACGUCCUCAGACAAUCAGAGUUCCUUUCUGGAACACAGUCUUGUACAUUUCUAAAUGUCAUGGAUGAUGUAGGGAAGAUUUUCAGGUUUUGGGUUGUUUCUCUUUUACCAUUUUCACUAUUUUUGUCUUUUCUGCAGAUUGUAGCUGAAGCCAAUCUAGUCCUUCAGUUACGAUACUCUGAAACUGACCCUCUUUAUCUGCCUAAUUGUCUAUCUAGCAAUGAUGUAUGCAUUCAUUCUUGUCACGUCCUCAGUGUUUUGGACUUAUUUUCAAGCAGCUGUGUUUUAUUCUUUUUCUUUUUUUUAAAUGUUGAUAACCAGACAGUGCCUCACACAGCCUGUCCAAUAGGAACCAGGCAUUUCUUGGCUGCAUAUUUCCUCAAAGAUGUUUUCAGGAUCAAUCGUUGUGGUGAAUCAGACACCGUUUACACAAACCUGCUUCAUCAGACCAGCAUACCUGGGUACACUUAUUGAAUCUCCAAAGUCAAACAUUGCUUUCACUUAAAGUGAAUUAAAUUAACCUGUGACCACCUCCCCUCUGAGCUAAUGUAGUUUCCCUUUUAAACCAUCUAAAUUUUUGACAGCACUCCCCCCUCCUCCUAUUCUUAUGACCAGUCUGAGCUUAAGGUGACUUUUCUAAACAGUCACUGAAUGUGCCUUAACCCCCACCCCCUGCAGUGAAUGUUUGUGCAGGACUUAAACCACUGGCAGUGCCGAUUUGUAAAUUCUUUUAGAAACCCAGUUGUGAAUCGCCAGUGAGCUCGAUUAGCCAGCUCAAAUAAUAACCUUUAAGGUUUAUAAUGCUCCCUGUUGUGUUGAACACUCGUGUUCUUUGCAAUGUCAUCAAUGUAUUAUAAAAUGCUAAUUUAUCCUUGUAAAAAUAAUGUGACAAAUUUUAAAGACUUGUUUAUUUAAAAACCACUUUUGUAUCAGAAGAAGAUGAAUAAAAGUUUUUGGUUUCUAAGUGGCCUGUGCUUUUACAUCUGCAAGUUGGGGUGUGUGUUCGUGUUUAAUCUCAAACCGAUUAAUUCUUGGACAUUUGAUUUUGUGUUUACCCUGGUACAGGAAAUGUAAAGAUAUGAGCUGAGCUCUCCGAGCCUCCUAAAAGCCACAUUGUGACAUUUUUGCCAAAAAUUUAUUUAGUGAAAGGAUUUAUGUUCUGCACAUUCGAUGAACUUUGUCCACUUUUUGGGUUGGACAAUGCUGCCACCUCUUGUCUCGGAAGACAAAUUAAGUUUUGAUGCUUCAUCAUGAAGCAAUUUCAACUCUCCCAAACCUAUCAGUAAAAACACUAAAAUCUUCCCAUUUUCUCUUUGGAAAUAAUAUACUGGACCAAUAAAAAAUAGAGAUAUCUUAGCCCAUCAUGUACUGUGCAGCAUAUGUACUCCGUAAUUGGUGAACUGUUCAUGAAAUUACUACAUCAGUGCUGUGUAGCAGCAUGGAGGAAAUCAGCUUUAAAAGUACCACUAUACCACAGUGACACAAUGGCAGUGUGGUCAGGUUCAAAGUCCUGCUGAAAAAAGAAAUCCUUGUCUACAUUGAGCUUGUCGGAUAAUUUGAAAUGAAAUGCUCCACAAUUUACUAGGUAGAUGACUGUACUGAUUUUCCAAAUAUCCCUUACUGUGAAAAUGUCCACCUUUUGCCAUUUGGGAGACACAAAAUGCAAUUGUAUGUGUCCUGGUUUCUAUGUUGACCAGUAUUUGAUUAUACAGUGCUUCACCAAAGCGUUCAUACAUACAGUAACUAAUAGCUGCAGUAUAUUCUUGCCAUUGUCAGAUGAUGGUUUGAACCUUGUCCUUGAGAUGUUCAGAGUUUAGGAUUACCUUUUAUAACCUAAUCCUGCUUCAUAACUUUAUUCGCAAACUAUUUGCUGUGUUCAUUGCUUUCCAUGAUGCAGUUAUUUUUGCUAAUGUUUCACAGAAUAGUUGUAUGCAUCCUGAGAUAAAAUUACACACGAACGUAAUUCAACACACCACUGUUUAUGGUCUUACAAGCUUAUUAAUAAGGCAGACAAGUGCAAUUGUCCUCUACAUUUUUAAGAUUCUUAUUUAUAUAAAAAAAUAAAACAAAAACUGUGAAUCAUCUCCUUCCACUUCUGAGUUAUGUGCUACUUUGUGUUAGUCUAUCUGAUAGACUCUAUCACAUACAAAACAUUUAAAAUACAAUAUGUGUCAUAAAAUUGGUUACAUUCACUUGAAGGCAUAAAACAAUUGAAUUUUAUUUAGAUUGUUCGACCAAAUCUGUCAUUGACAAAAAUAUUUUCAGUCUUGAUUUAGAGGAAAUAGCAAAUCUGGCACAUUUCAGGUUUCCACGGAGUUUGAUCUAGACCCGAGGAGCAUAAAAACCGCAACUAGUUUACAUCUGGUUCAGGGAAUGCUGAGUAAGCAGGUCUCUGACAACCUGAGGGGUCUGAACUGUUCAUACUUGAGACGUAACUCAGAAAUACGUUUGUCCGGCUUCCUUCAAGGCCACAGCACCAAAAGCCUCUGUCCAACUCCAAAGAACUUCUACUAUAAAAUUUGAGUUGUGUUAAAAUGUUUCCCUGUUAUUACUGAAUUAGAUUAGAAAAUGCCCAGUACAUUUGCAAUAAAUGUGCUGCUGAAAUCUGUUGGUGCACAAGCUGUUACUGUGUCUCCAGGAGUAGCUCGGCAAUAGACUUUCAACAUCAAAUGCACACUGUAGCAUACGCAGUAAUAUU